AACAGAGAAGUGCUAAAAUUACUUUCUCAUGAAGGAACGUCUCGCCUUUAUUUUCCGCCGAACCAGCUUCUCCCUCGAAUCUUGUUCUUCUUAUUAUUAAAUUAUUCAUCUGCUCAAACAAAAGAAUACACACUCCAUUUCCCACUCUUAUGGCUCUAUCCACACGGCAGCGGCGUCCGCUACCGUCCGGUGUUAGCUCAUCGUCAUCAGAACCGUACACUAAGGUAAAUAAAGCUAUUAGAUCUAAUAUCAGAGAAGAGGAGGGAAAAGGGUUAGGAUGGUUCAUGCCGGUUUUAGCUUUGGGAAUGUUAAGGUACAUGAGCGCUACAUCAAACAUUAUACAUGACUGCGAUGAGGUUUUUAACUAUUGGGAACCGCUUCAUUAUCUUCUUUACAAGUCUGGCUUCCAAACUUGGGAAUACAGCUCUCAGUUUGCACUUAGGUCCUACUUGUACAUUAAUUUUCAUGAACUAGUAGGUCUACCUGCUUCCUGGCUGUAUGGUGAGGACAAAGUGAGAGUGUUUUAUGCAGUGAGACUCUUCCUUGGUCUCAUCUCUGUUGUUGCUGAUGCAACUUUGGUUGUUGCGCUUUCCAGGAAAUAUGGCAAACGUCUUGCUUCUUAUGCGCUUGCAAUGCUAUGCUUAACCAGUGGUUGUUUCUUUGCUAGCACAAGUUUUCUGCCAAGUUCUUUCUCUAUGUAUGCCAUGAGUCUGUCUUCUGGAUUAUUUCUUCUUGACAAGCCUGCUAUGGCUGUGGCUGUUGCAGCUCUCGGAGUAAUCCUUGGUUGGCCAUUUUCAAUCUUGGCUUUCCUGCCAAUUACAUUCUAUUCUUUGACUCGAAGAUUCAAACAAACAUUUUUUGCUGGUGCUGUCACUUCUCUUGCUCUUCUUGUACUCUCAGUACUUGUUGACCACCACUACUACGGAAGAUGGACAUCAUCUGUUUUGAACCUUUUGGUAUAUAAUGUCUCAGGAGGUGGUGAGAGCCACUUGUAUGGGAUUGAAGGGCCAUCAUUUUAUUUUCGGAAUGGAUUUAACAAUUUCAACUUCUGUUUUAUUCUUGCUUUGCUUUUCCUCGGAAUUUUUCCCAUUGCAAAGAGAAAGUAUGCUCCAGACUUGCUAAUUGUGGUCUCGCCUCUUUAUAUUUGGCUGGCAUUUAUGUCCUUGCAGCCACACAAAGAAGAAAGGUUCCUUUAUCCAAUAUACCCUCUUGUUUGUGUUGCUGCAUCUGCUGUCAUUGAAAGCUUUCCUGAUCUUUUCCGAGACAGAUAUAGUUCCUAUGACAAUUCUCUUAUAGUUAUGAUAGCAAAACUUCUGAGACCUGUGGUUCUCAGCCUCAUAUUAUGUGCAUCACAUGCUCGAACAUUCUCUCUAAUUAAUGGUUAUGGUGCCCCUAUUGAGGUUUAUAAAAUUUUGGAGCACUAUGAUGAUGCUGGAACAGGUUCUGUGCUUUGUGUUGGAAGUGAAUGGCAUCGCUUCCCAUCAUCAUUUUUCGUUCCUGAUUAUGUCAGUGAAGUUCGGUGGAUUGAUGAUGGGUUCAGGGGUCUUCUUCCAUUCCCAUUCAACUCUACCUUGGGUGGAACUGCAGCAGCUCCUCUAUAUUUUAACAACAAGAAUAAAGCAGCAGAAGAGCAAUAUCUUCGAGAUCUUGGAACUUGUACUUUCCUUGUUGAGCUGCAGCUUGAUCGACCUUACCCUUCACGCGGAAGUGACUUGUCAACUUGGGAGCCCAUUGCAGCAUAUCCUUAUCUAGACAGGGAACUUUCGCCUCCCAUGCACAGGUCAUUUUUUAUCCCAUAUCUGUGGCAGGAGAAGAAUGUCUUUGGUAUGUACAAAAUCUACAAAAGAAUAUGACAUGCAUUGCAGUUUGUCGAUCGCCUGGAAUUCUUGUAGUUCAAAAUUUUGAAUCCUAACAGCAUUUAGUAGCUGAAAACGAGGAAAUCCUAGUCGAACUACAGUUGAUGAACAACCCUAGCAUUAAGUUUUAUUUUAUUUUAAUUAUGUAGAAGUUAACUAGGUUGUGAUCUAUUGCUUGUGCUCUUGUAGUCCUUAGACUUUAAUGUACCGAUAUGCCUUCUGGUGUCUCUGAAAUGUUCAGCAAAGGAAAGUGUCUGCCCUUUUUUUAGUUA